AACCGCUGCCCAUUUCUGAUUUCCCUGAGAGCUAAUAAUUUAGGUUUUUAGCUCUCAAAUUAACAUGGACAAGUUCAAUUUUGUUAGGGAUGGUGUGACAAAAUUGCCUCCCGGUGAUUUUGAGCAAGAGAGGUACUUUUUCAGUAAUAAGGAGGCCAAGUAUCGAAAUGGCAGUAGAAUUAACAGAGCUACUGCUUCUGGAUAUUGGAAGGCAACUGGGGUGGAUAAGAAGAUUGCUUCUUCAGGAAGAAACCAAAUGGUGGGGAUGAGAAAGACUCUGAUUUUCCAUAAGGGAAAGCCGCCACAUGGGACUAGAACUGAAUGGAUCAUACACGAGUAUCGCCUUGCUACACCUCCUCGCUACUCUUCAUACACAAAUAUAAAGAACUCAAUCCAGAGUGAUUUGAAAGAAAUGGGAAAUUGGGUUCUCUGCCGCAUAUUUUUGAAGAAAAGAAGUGUGACAAAUGAAGAGGAAACCAUUCAAACAAGCAAGGAUAACAAAGAGAAUGAUGCUGCAUUUUCUCACCCUGGAAUCUUUGAUUUUAUGAGGAGAGGGAGAAGUAAUGUAUGUCCUUUGUCUUCCUCAUGCUCUUCAUCAUGUUCAAGUACCAUUACUGAGGAGGUUUGUUCAUAUGGAUCUGACCAUGAAGAAAGCAGUACUAGCUGCAAUGCCCUUUGAACUAUACUCUUUCUACUUCUUGGGUCAUCUUAUACAUUUAUCUUGCUUGUGAUGCAAUCAUUAAAUGGAAUUUGAAUGAUUUGAAAUGCAUCACCAUUUGAUUGUGUCUUAAGAUGAAACUAAGACUUUUAAUUUAAAAAUCUUAAACUCGCGAGCUAGUUAUCUCCAAUGAUUUGAAUUUUAAUGUUAACACAACUUAACUGGCUUUGAUACAAUGACUUUGUAUCAAUCAUGAGUAAAAUGAAUCUUUACUUUCUUCUUUCCUUUUUCCGUGUAUAAAGGGAAUUGAUUUUU